CUCAGGGGCUGAGGCAUUUUCUCAAGCGGAUGACAGUGUCAUGGGCGCGCUCGGUUCCUCUCGGCCUUUGCUGGUGCGGGUACCUCUAUAUGCCAGUCGUUCUGUACCUUUACAUCACGCAUAUGCACCACUCACCCAUCAAGUACUGCCAGCCGCAUCUUGUCGCCAUCACAGGAUUCUUUUGCACGUUAUUCUGCCUGACAACACCGGCCAUACACGUGUUUGGCUCGACAUGGCCGUGUGGCGUCCACAUCGUGUGCAACUUUAUCUUUCCUGUGUACGUUUGUGUAUCUUAUCUCCUCAGCGCCGCGGCCGUCGUCAUCAUGUUCAAAAUAACAGAUUUGGUCGCGAAUCAUAUUCAGUUUACACCGUGGCAAGUCCAGCGCCUCACGCUCUACCGGUGGCUCCUCUAUCCAAACGUGCAAGUGGCGACCGUCGCAGGCGUCGGCUCGGUCCUCGCUCUUCCCGCUGUUGUCGUUGUCGUGCACUCGACGUCGUUGAGCAUGGACGAAUUGCACCAAGCCCACAAAUUGAAUGUGAUCCUGCUGGCGUCGACCAGCACGUCGGUGCUAUGUGGUUCCGUUGUCGGCCUUUGGCUGUCGAAGCUCAUGCCUCCAUACAUGGAUAAUUUGGGCCUGCGCCGAAAAUACCAACGGACGAACCGCGCGACGGCGAUCAUUCUCUGCAUUGGCAUGGUGCACUCGGGGCUUGAGGUGAUGUGGACUAACCCGAUCGGUGAAGACUAUCACGUCCGCAAUAUUCUCUUCACGCUCUUGAUGCAAUACUUGUUUCUGUUCAACAUUGCCCUGCCGCUGCGUCAGGUGGCUACCAAAUUGCCAGCAACGACCCAGUCUUCGCAAGUUAGUUCAUUCCCAUCGGCGACAAAUCACCUCGCCAAGGAAAUGGACCAAUUCCUGCGAUCUCCCCAUGGCGCUGCGACUAUUCUCGAGUUCUGCCAGCGAGAUUUUCGCACCGAGGAGAUUCGAGCCUGGCAACUUGUCGAGCAAUUCAAGCAACGCCUCGUGUCGGCCCCAAUGCUAUUCGCCACUUGUUUGGCGCCAGGUUGUCCGCUGGCGUGUCCGAUCGCCAUCCGUUGGGGGCCGACGUAUGCGGCCAGGCUGGAAAGUUGGUCACAACGCGACAUGGACAUUGUUGGUUCGGAACUGACGGAUUCGUUUUUUAACGAAUUUCAAAUGGCUCUGCUGGAAGCGUUGAGUGAAAAUGUGUGGCUGCGUUUCAAGCAACAGUCUGUGGAAUGGAGCACUCUUCAGCGCCGUCGACGAAGUCUCGAAGGAAUGGACAGCGUCCUGCGCAUGGUCGUCAAGGCUCCACCCGUGACGAGCACGCUGCCAAGAACAGUUGUCUCCAUGUCCGAGGAAAACUUGUCAGAAUCAAUGAACGACGAACCCAAUUUAGACAGAUCCGAGGUCGUUGCUCAAGUCAAGGCUGGCCGAAGUGUUGCGACCACGUAGGAGUCGACGUGUGUGUGGUGAUGCUGUCUGCUAGAUAUGUCUUGGGACGUUCGCUGACCUUCUCCCAUCAUAUAUCGUAUUCCAAAGCAAGAUCUUCGUUGUGUUAUCUUCCA